CUCGGCCCCCAUUUUACCUCCGUCCCGCUGCAAGUCCGGCCAAGGCGAGGAUGGCGACCGUGAGGGAGGACGAUAGCGGUGGCUGCUUAUAAAAGGCCGGAGCGUCGAGUGAGUGAGUGAGCCGACGUGGGAAAGGCGAGGGAGCGGAAAAAAAAAAUUCGAAGAGAGAGGAAGAAAAAUAAAGGCGAAAGAAAACAAAACGUCUUAUUUUCUUUUAUUUCCCGAUGGAAUUUGAAAAUGAUGGAGUGAGGAUCGAAGUACCGGAGCGGCCUGAAGCGAUCGCCAACGGUAACGGCAAGGCCAACAGCCCGAGCAGCAUCGCGGCCGGCUCGCCAGCCCUCGCCUCCCCGCCAGCUCUCUUCCACAUCUUGGUGAAGCCACCGUCCCCGCCCAGCCGUUUUUUAAAUAUUAUGGACAAUUUCUCGGAUGAGAAGAAUAAUAAUAGCAGCAGCAGUGAGGUAGAAUACGAGAGCCUUCCCGAGACCGCUUCCACCUCCACCCACAUGAUCGCCGGAGCGGUGGCCGGUGUCCUGGAGCACUGCGUGAUGUACCCGAUCGACUGCGUCAAGACACGAAUGCAGAGCCUACAACCAGAUCCUGCUGCCCGGUAUAGGAAUGUAAUGGAUGCCUUGAAGAGGAUUGUCCGCACUGAAGGAUUUUGGAGGCCAAUGAGGGGAUUAAAUGUGACUGCCACUGGUGCAGGGCCGGCACAUGCCCUCUACUUUGCGUGCUAUGAAAAAAUUAAAAAGACACUGAGUGAUACCAUCCAUCCAGGUGGCAAUAGUCACAUAGCUAAUGGUGCAGCAGGAUGUGUGGCGACUUUGUUUCAUGAUGCGGCCAUGAACCCUGCUGAAGUGGUGAAGCAAAGGAUGCAGAUGUACAACUCUCCCUACAAACGAGUCUUGGACUGCAUGAGGACAGUGUGGAAAACUGAAGGGGCUGGAGCAUUCUAUCGGAGCUACACCACCCAACUGACUAUGAACAUCCCCUUCCAAGCAGUUCAUUUCAUGACUUAUGAGUUCCUGCAGGAGAAAUUGAAUCCGCACAGACAAUACAACCCCUCCUCACAUGUUCUUUCUGGGGCUAUGGCCGGGGCUGUCUCAGCAGCGGUAACAACACCACUGGACGUUUGCAAAACACUACUAAACACGCAAGAAUCCCUGGCUCUAAACUCCCUCAACAUCAGUGGACAUCUUUCUGGCAUGGCAAAUGCCUUCAGGACGGUUUACCGGCUGGGUGGUAUCCCAGCAUAUUUUAAGGGAGUUCAGGCCAGAGUUAUCUAUCAGAUGCCAUCCACAGCUAUUGCCUGGUCUGUGUAUGAGUUCUUCAAGUACUUCAUUAGCAAACACCAUCGUGAGAGGAGGUCAACUUACUGAAAUUCAAUAUGCCAGCACUGAUGCCAUAGAAACUUAUUUGAACUGCAAUACUCCUAUAUUUCCGUUGUUGCAUCCUUUUUUUAAUAGAAUCUGGUAGUAGUUCUGAUCCACUUUGCACUCAGUUGAGUAAAAUUAUCACCAUGUCUCCUGACUACAUUAGGUCAAACCAAAGUUUGUGUAUUUACUGUAACAUCUAAAAUGACAGGUAGACUUGGCCGUUGUCGACAAGGAAAACGCACAGGUAUUUGCUGGCACAACAGAUGUGUUGGGCACUUUUGGAAGCCUAACCUUUGUUUUAAGAUUUUUCCUUUUGGAUACUUUUUUUCCUCCCCAUUCUCUUCAGUUUGCUGGGCUGGUUUAAAUGUUUUUAAAAAGCACAUACAGGUUUACAUGUUUAGCAAAAGUGUCAGCUAUUGCAUUAAUGUAUGUGUACUGUAUCAUCAGUAGUUGAGAAUACUUAAACCACUGCCAAGGUAGGCAUCAAAUUGCUUCGCACAGAAGGCAAAUACUGUUUGAUUUUAAAACUGUAUUUCUCUGCACCCUUUGUAUUGCAUCAAGCUUUUUCAUGCCUACAUUUGCAUCAGCAAUGUACUUAAAGAACUGAAAUGUAGCCCUUUAUAUUCACUGGAAUAUUAUUCUGGAAUUAUUUUAUCCAGCUAAAUUCUUUGAUGUAGAAAAAAGGGUUUUCACAAGGAAGAUGAUUAAACAAAAAGACAAGAAA